AUGCCACAAGAAGGUGAAGAGGAAGAUAAGAAACGGCCCAUUACACCGCCACCCCCACCAUCACAGUCCGAUGUGAUGGACGAUGAUGAGGAUGAUGAGAAUGAUGGUAUUAUGGUCAUGCCAAAUGAUGAUGCUGAAACUGUUAACGAUGAGACUGAUGCUGAUGCUGAUGCUGAUAACGAUAAUCCAGCUGCUGCUGGGACCAUCAUGCCACGACGAAACUCGGAAACCGCCACCCUGGGAUCUGAUUUUCAGGCCUUGUAUCAAAAUCCUCAAGAUCCCAGCACGAUAAUGCCAGAACCAGAAGAACCGACCUAUGCACCAUCCCCACAAGCCAUGGAAGAGCGACUUCAAGACUAUGACACCCAAUCCAGUAUGGCCGAUUCGAGUUUGAGUGACUCCUCUGCAUCAAGCGGAUUCUUGACGGGAAGUUCCAAUGGAAGCAUCAGUGAAGACGAUUCCGAUGCCGCCACGGCUUCCAUUUUGAGCAUUGCCACGAGCAUUACCAGUGUGUCCAGUAUGGAAGGCACUUCUCUCAACGACAUUGGUCAAAAUCCUACUCGUCGUCGACGAAAGAAUUCCUACGACAGCAACAGUAGCGGAAUUUCCUUUAGUUCGAGUUCCGACCUGGCAAGUUCGGACGGUGACUUUGUGGAUCCAGCGGUCCAUACUUCGAUUCGAGCCUAUGGUACUGGAGCUGGCAAAUAUCGAAAGGAAAAGAAUGAUAACGGAAUAUCCACGCACCGAACCACCAAUGGAGAUCGGUUGUGUACAUUGGUAUGGGAUUGUUGUGUAUACACGGGUGUAUUCUGUUGCGUCUUGCUUUGGGAUUCUCGGUAG